UAAUUCUUUAUCGUACGGUUUUUUAAGUUUAGGUCGGACGGUGCGGAUGAUCCCUAUGGAUGAAUCUCCGGGUUUAGAGUCUUUGUUCCUUGGCGAAGCAAGUCUUCCUUCAGUAAAGACGUUCUCGUUCUUCAUCUCUUCUCUCUGAGCUUCCGAGAUUCUUCUUUUAGGGCCCGGGAUCCCGAGAUUCAAUUUUUAGAAUUCUCGCCGGCUUUCUUCUUCCUCUUCGAAACCGCCCACCAUGGCCGACGAUCACCUUCACCACCACCAGCAACAUCGACCGCACCGCCUUUCCGUUCCACCACGCGCCACCGCGCCCACCACCUUCUCCACCACGCCCAGACCAUAUCCUAUGUACCCUUAUACAUCAUUAACCCCGACCCCGACUCCCUCAAAACACCGUCUUUCUUCGGUUUCAUCGUCCAACUCCAAAUCCUCUAGUAAAUCUUCCCUCUCCUUCCUCUUCCUCCUCCUGUUCUCCUUACGAUCCUUUUAUUCCCUCCUCCCUUUUCUUCGCUCCUCUCCUUCCUUUUCACUAUUCCCUUUUUCCUUCCUUGUAUCACUUCUUUCCUUCCUUCUCACCCUCUGUUUUUCCCUGUUUUCUUCAUAUUCCUCCUCUUCCUCGUCCAGAGACCCAUUUCACCAGAGAAAGCCAAACCAACCAAUUUUCGCUUUGAACUCGAUUACACAAUCUCAGCAGAGGCUUUUGGUCGGCAAAUCAGUUCUCCUGGCUUUGGUCUUUCUCCUUCGAUUUCAAGCACUUCGAUACUGCGGGACCGCUGCGAUGAUCCUCGCUGAGUUGACUGGGAGCGUGGCUGCUCGGUUCACUGCGGAGGGGAGAAAUCAAAUUCGUAAUCGAUCCCCAAAGGUUCGUGGGUUUCUCGCAUUGUCUAUCGGAUUGUUUCUGUUAUCUGUCAGCUGGGAUCGGAUUGAAUGUUUACCCUUUUCUACUUCAUUCACUGACAAACGGCGAUAUGCACUAUUCGCGCGGGAAAAUUGUGUGAGGAUUUGGCCCAUGUUGCUUCCCUUUCUAUCUGGAUUCUUGGGUUGUUACGAACGUAAGUCAAUGGAUUGGGGAACAAUUCAGCAACUUGGUCAUAAACGGGUUCGGCUAAUUUCCCUUUUCUUCACUACGAUUGUGUUACUUGUUCCAGCUGUCAUCAGUUUUCUACUAUUUGAAAAUGAGGAAGAAAGUAUUUCCUUCACAAAAUUAGCUUGGCCUCUCGUUAAUACUGUUGUUUUUGGUGUACUAUUGAGUGAAAAUUACAGUAAUGAGAAGAUAGUAGGUUCGGAAGAUUCUCAGAGGGAGUUUUUAGUCACUUUUGUCUGUACUGUGGUAUUGGAGCUUUUCUAUUUCCCUGAGCUUUCUCUCUGGGGUUUGUUGCUCUGUGGUUUCUUGCUCUAUAUAGCUGUUAGAGAAUUGGAUCCUGGUCGCUUGGAUCAUCUUGAACCAGGAGAGGCAUAUUCAGAGUCAUUUACUAGCAUGAUUAUGAAGCCUAUCAGACAUAUUUUAAGUGAGAGGAGAUCCCGUAAAAUUGCUCUUUUUCUUUUUAUCAACACUGGCUACAUGGUUGUGGAGUUUGUUGGCGGGUUUAUGAGCAAUAGUCUUGGGUUGAUAUCAGAUGCAUGUCACAUGUUGUUUGACUGUGCUGCCUUGGCAAUUGGGCUAUAUGCUUCAUAUAUAUCGCGUUUACCUGCAAAUCAGCAGUAUAACUAUGGUCGUGGGAGAUUUGAGGUUCUUUCAGGAUAUGCUAAUGCUGUUUUCUUGGUUCUUGUGGGAGCACUGAUAGUAUUGGAGUCACUUGAGAGGAUUCUAGAUCCUCAAGAAAUAUCAACUAAUAGUUUGUUAGUUGUGUCUAUAGGAGGGCUUGUAGUCAAUGUGAUUGGCUUGAUAUUCUUUCAUGAGGAACAUCAUCAUGCACAUGGAGGCUCUGGAUCAUGCUCACAUUCACAUACACUCUCUAAGUUCCAUAGUCACCAUGACCACCAUGACCAUCAUGAUCUGCAUUGCCAUGGGGAACAUAAUAGCAAAUCACAUGGAAAGCAUGAGGAUAUUUUUUCUGUUUCAAGUGAUUACCAAGAAAAAUUAUGCUCUGGUAGUCUUGACCAACACUUCCACGACCGCAAUUCCUGCAGCCAUCACAAGAAAGAUGACUCUAAUGCAGAAGAUCACAUUACUCGGAGCCCCAAGGAUCAUGGCCACCGAUGUCAUCAUGACAACCAUGGUCAUGGGCUGCAGCAUGUCAACCAUGUCUAUGGUGGUCAUCAUGAUCAUGAUGACCAACAAUGCCAUCAUCAUUACGACCAUGAUCAUGCUUGCUAUCAUGACAACCAAGGCCAUGGUGAUCACCAUGGUCUUGAUAAUCACCACCACCACAAUCACCUUGGUGUUGAUCACCAUUGUCAUGAAAGCUCACUCAAAUUCGAUACAGUUGCCAAGUCUCAUGGUGAGGGAGUUUGUUCUUCCAUGGGAAACUGUGACUCUAAACUGAAAAAUAUAUCAAAUGAUGAUGCAAAAAGCCCUCAAGGUCAUGUUCAUUUUCAUAUUGAUCACAAUAUGGAAGGAAUAUUCUUGCAUGUCCUGGCUGAUACAAUGGGAAGUGUUGGAGUCGUUAUAUCUACCCUUUUAAUUAAGUACAAGGGAUGGCUCAUAGCUGAUCCUGCGUGCUCAAUAUUUAUUUCAAUUUUAAUUGUGUCCUCAGUGAUACCUUUGCUCAGAAACUCUGCUGAAAUUUUGCUCCAAAGAGUGCCUAGGGCGCAUGAGAAAGAGUUGAAAGACGCUCUAAAUGAUGUUAUGAAGAUUAGGGGUGUUCAAGGCAUAAAGUUUAACGUAUGGAGCUUCACAAACACAGAUAUUGUUGGGACACUGCACCUCCAUCUAUCAACCGAUGCUGAUAAAGCAUCCGUUAAGUCUCAGGUAUCUGAUAAAUUACACGAUGCCGGUGUCAAGGAUUUAACAUUGCAGGUGGAAUGUGUGGGGUAGUAUCUUUGAGCAUGGUUUUCAUCAAGGUAUUCUACCUGACAACGAUUGCUUCUGGAGGAGGCUGAUGAAUUGAGAUGUGCGGUUUCUUGAUCCUUCGCUGUCAUUGAAAAUGAGAUGAUUUCUACGUAGUUUUCUUUUUGGCCAGAGGAUGAAUUUUUGGUCGUUGAAACAACAUUGAUUCUGAUAUAAUUUGAUGGCUGAUCGUAUUCCUGCGAAUCUCUGCCCUCAUCGUUGAGGGGUGACGUUUUGACUCGAUCAAACAACUGGCGGAGAAGCGAUUACUUUAAUUGAUGCAGUUAUGUAUAUUAUGUACAUGAACAAGCAUAGGCACUUGAUUGAACAUUUGCACUUAGCCUAUUCUGGGCUGGAAAGAUUUCUGCACAUUUUUGGUCUGUUCUCUUUGUUAUGGUUGAAAAUUGAAGGGAAUACUUUCUGCUUAGUUUGAACUGUUCCAUUUUGAGAUUUGAUCGACCCUAAAAAGCAGAUAAGCAGUGACGAAUUCUGAGAUCCAAUAUAUGCUGCAUUUUCUAUCGAUGUUAUUGUUCUGCGCUUCUGCUUAAAGAACGCUUCACUCGUCACUUUGUCAGCUUAUGGUUCUGACCGGUGAUCAUCCUGGCUAGCCCGCAUGUUGAGCAAUUCGUUCACUCUGUAAAGAAAAAAAUAAUUGCCCCUUGAUGAAUAAGGUUUAAUUUUUAUGAAUUGAAAUUUAUAUUUUAUAACAUAA